AAACAUAAUUGACCCCAGCUACGACGUCACAGUUUUACCAUCCGAGUUAACUGAAGAAGAAAUCGAAAACUAUCAACAAGAAGUAAUAGAUAACUGGGUAGUAACUACAGUCCAAGUUCAACCAGUUCAGAUAAAUUACCCAGAGACGCCAGUUAACCGAACCUUUACCCCGCUCCGACAAGAAAUUCAACAAGGGAGUCAGUUAAUUCGUCGAUUUCAGGAUAUCUUUUUUGCGGAAGAAGAUAACCAAUCACGCCCAGCAUCGCCUCUAACAGUCCAAACUAUAUACAGGGAUUCUAUCGACCCUACGAACCCUACUGACAUACAGCAAUUAGUACAAGCAC